UAGGGCAGGGAGGGCGGAGGCGGGCGGGAUGGGUCCUCGCCACCGGCUUUGCUAAGACUCGCUCGCGUGGGCUGCCCGCGGCGGGCCCGCAGUGGCCGCGGCGGAAUGAAGGGCGCUCUAGGGAGCCCCGUGGCCGCGGCCGCAGCCGGUGCUGCGAUGCAGGAGAGUUUCGGCUGCGUCGUGGCCAACCGCUUCCACCAGCUGCUGGACGACGAGUCAGACCCGUUUGACAUCCUGCGCGAGGCCGAGCGCCGGCGCCAGCAGCAGCUGCAGCGCAAGAGACGCGACGAGGCGGCGGCGGCCGCGGCGGCGGUGGCGGCCGCGGCGGCCGGGGCUGCCAACCGCGGCGGCCGGAGCCCGGCCGGAACCUCGGGUCACAGACCUGGCGCGGGCGGCGGCCGCAGGGAGUCCCAGAAGGAGCGCAAGGGCCUCCCGGUCCCCGGCGCGCAGCAGCAGCCCGACAGCCCUGGGGGUGGCCCGCAGCCGCCCGGCCAGAAGCGGACUCCUAGAAGAGGGGAGCAACAAGGAUGGAAUGACAGCCGGGGAACAGAGGUGACAAUUGAUAGAGCAGAGCGGAGAUCCUACAGGGAAUAUCGACCCUAUGAGACUGAGAGGCAAGCGGACUUUACAACUGAGAAGUUUUCAGAUGAAAAACCAGUGGACAGGUUUGAUCGAGACAGGCCACUGAGAGGACGUGGAGGCCCAAGAGGGGGCAUGCGAAGCAGAGGCAGAGGUGGUCCCGGGAACAGAGCUUUUGAUGCUUUUGACCAGAGAGGGAAACGAGAUUUUGAAAGAUACAGUGGGAAUGAUAAAAUAGCUACUAGAACUGAAGACAACAUGGGUGGGUAUGGAGCUCGUACCUGGGGAUCAGGUAAAGAUACCAGUGACAUGGAGUUGACUGCCUCAGUGGAAGAGACCUCAGUGGUGGAGGAGUCCCAGGGUACCCUGGAUGAGGAAUCUCCAGCCAAAGUUCCUGAGUUGGAGGUCGAAGAGGAAACUCAAGUUCAAGAGAUGACCUUAGAUGAGUGGAAGAAUCUUCAAGAACAAACCCGACCAAAGCCCGAGUUUAACAUCCGGAAGCCAGAAUCCACUGUUCCUUCCAAAGCGGUGGUGAUUCACAAGUCAAAAUAUAGAGAUGAUAUGGUAAAGGAUGACUAUGAGGAUGAGUCCCACGUUUUCCGGAAAGCCGCCAAUGACAUCACAUCCCAGCUGGAGAUUAAUUUUGGUAACCUCCCUCGUCCUGGACGUGGAGCCAGAGGCGGUGCCCGGGGAGGCCGAGGAAGGAUCAGAAGGGCAGAAAACUUUGGGCCCAGAGCAGAAGUAGUGACACAAGACAUUGCCCCUAACCCGGAUGACCCUGAAGACUUCCCGGCUCUGGCCUGAGAGAGCAGCAUUGGUGUACCUAUGAAGAGACUUUUCUUGCUGUGGGGAAGAGAGCCAAACUCUAAGAACAAUAGAUGUUGCUUUUUGCGUGUCGUGUGAA